UAUGAGAAGAUACUUUGUAGGUGGUAAUUGGAAAUGCAAUAACACAAUUGCUCAAACUUAAAGUUUGAUCAAUACUGUUAUUAAUAGACUUGUGUUUGAUGUAGCAAAAGUUGGUAAUAUGGCAAUUUAUACUUUUUAGAGGUUGCUGUAGCUCCAAUCUUCUUACAUGUUCCAUGGGUUCAAGCUAACAUUUAAAAGAAUGUUUAAGUGGCUGUCUAAAACACAUCCUUGACUAAAAUGGGUGCCUAUACUGGAGAAAUCAGUGUUGAGUAAGUCAAAGAUUUUGGAAUUCCUUGGGUUAUAUUGGGACAUUCUGAAAGAAGAUAAUACUAUGGAGAAACCAAUGAAAUUGUUGGAAAAAAGACUAGAUUGGCUUUGGAUCAUCAACUAAAAGUUAUGGCAUGUGUUGGUGAAAAAUUAGCUGAUAGAGAAUCUGGUUAAACAACUUAAGUGAUCUAAGCAUAAUUAGAUUCAAUCAAAAGUAAUUUUCAUAUAUCAUAUUAUCUUUAGAGGAAUUGACAACUGAAUAAUGGGCUAAUGUUGUUGUUGCAUAUGAGCCAGUUUGGGCUAUUGGAACAGGAAGAACAGCUUCUCCAGAAUAAGCUUAAGAUGUUCAUGCUUUCAUUAGAGGUUGGCUUAAAUCUUAAAUUGGAGCAUAAGUAAGUGUGAUUAGCAUAAUUUUAGGCUGAAUAAUAGACAAGAAUUAUUUAUGGAGGAUCAGUCACAGAAAAGAAUGCACUUGAUCUCAUUAAAUAGAAAGAUCUUGAUGGAUUUUUAGUUGGAGGUGCUGCCUUAAAGUCAGCCUUCACUGACAUUGUUGCUGCAGCUCACAGUAGUAGAUGAA